CCUUACACCAGAAGGGGGGAAAAAACCAAUGGCAAUCAUUCCUGAAAACCCUAAAAUUCCAAGAAUCACAUACAGUGAGGAAGACAACGAUAGAAUCAGCAAUCUUCCAAUACCAAUUCUUCAUCACAUAUUGUCAUCGCUUGACACCCUUGAUGUUAUCAGAUUAAGCGCUGUUUCAAGACAAUGGAGGUACUUGUGGCUUUCAAUGCCCUGCUUGUAUUUCGAUAUCUUCCACAAAGUUUGGUCAGACAAAAUGAAAACGUUGUCACUUCUUGCUGUCAAUGAUCAAUUCAAAGAUUUUGUCAACUGGGUUUUAAUGUCUCAAAAUAGGUCGGUUAAUAUAAAAAAAAUUUGGCUUAACUGCCUUAAUUCUGAUGAUGAUUAUACAAUUUAUAGAUGGAUCAAUGUUAUGACUCGGAGAAAUGUGGAGGACCUUAAUCUUGUUAUAUUUUUAGGGACAGAGAUUCCAAUUGAGUUGCCCCAUUGUCUGAUAACUUGUGAAUCACUCAUAUCGUUGAAGAUUUGUUUUGGCAGACACACUGUUGUAAAGUUGCCUCCUUAUGGUGGCUUUAGGCGCUUAAAGUAUCUUUUUCUAUUGAAUGUUGAGUUACCUAAUUAUAUUUCCUUUCGAAUCUUCAUUUCAAGUUGUCCCUUUCUUGAGAAUUUGAAUUUGCACGCUAUUAAAUUUCGUGAUUUCAAGACUCUCGAGAUUUCUUCUACUAGUUUGAAGAAACUAGUUAUAGAUAAUAAUGGUAUUAGUGGUGCCAAUGGUGAUGGCUUAAAGAAUUGUGAGCUUAGGAUUGCUUGCCCCAGUCUGUCGUCCUUCAGUUUCAUUGGUCCUUUACCACGGGACUUCACGCUUCAGGAUAUAAAAUCUUUGUGGAACGUUUUCUUUGGCAUAGAAUGUCUCGCUCAACAUGCAACUGUUGAAGAAUGUCAUCCUCUUAUAUGUAAGAUCUUCAAAGGUCUUUGCAAUAUUAAAGUUUUGAAAUUAUCAGUUCACAAUUGGGAGUUGUGCCUCCAUAUCCUUUACCCUGCACUUGCUCAAGUACAAUGUUUUUCAUUCUAUAACUUGAAGUUUUUAAAACUGAGGAUGCGCAUGGAUGAUUGGAGUAUGAAGUUAAUGGUCAACCUGCUCAAAUGCUCUCCAAAUCUAGAAGCUCUUACAAUAUAUUUUGACAGGUGUGAAAUUAGUAAGUGGGAAGCACCAGAUCAGGCUAUUCCAUGUUUGACAUAUCAUGUGAAGGUGGUUGAACUGUUUGAGGUUAAUGGUAGACAAAAUGAACUUGAGUUGGUGAGGUUUCUACUAAAGCAUGGACAAGUACUGCAGAAAAUGAGUAUUAAUUGGGCAAUAGACAUCAAGGAUGCUGAAGAGAUUAUCCCAGAGAUAAUGAAUUUUCCGAAAACAUCUUCAGAGGUUGCACUGAAAUUUCUUGUGCCCAAGUUUCAGUUUGAGUUUUCUGAGUUAUGAAAGAUGUAAAAAUAUGUUGUAUGAUUGCUGCUUGAUUCAUGUUAACAUAUAUUGGUUAGUUUUAGCUUAAUGUAAAGGUUCUUUUUUAAAAAAUUUGUAUUAGCACCCAUCACUAUGGCCAGUGUUUAGUGAUGAUUCUAAAAGUUAACUGUUCGCUUCCUCAUGCUUUCUGAUGGUUAUUGACAGUGUUGAA